AUGGCAAAAUAUAAGAAAUGCCGGCGGAAAAGGGGAGCCAGAGCAAAAUUUCUACGGGGAAAAAAAGGAGAUGCUGCAAAUCCAAACCGCCAGGGUUCCAGUUGUCAUUCUCCACGGUCAGCAGGUGAUCUUCCUCCAAACGCGUCACCUGCCCCAAGCCAUCUGUCCUCACUCUGGUCAUUAGCCUUGCCCAGCGUAAAAAAUGUGGUAAAACCCUUUACAACAACAGCAUCAUUUUUGUAUUGUUGGUGCCAGAACACGGUUGCACAGAGUUUUAAGGUAGUUAAAGACACCAUAUUUCCAUCACAAAUAUAUUUACGGGAGCUAAAUACGUUCAGAGAGCAGCUGGAAAAGUUGGAAGCUGAGUUUUCCAGACUACAAGGAAGGCUCCAGAUGAAUGGAAUUGCAGCAGAAAAUUCCCUUUGUCAAAGGUGUAAUAAGCCAGCUCUGGGUGCUCCUGCACAAACACAGAUGGACUCGCUGUCGUCAGUAUCUGGGCCUCCUACAACGCAGCUGCAGCCUCUAUCUGCACCACCCCCUCCUCCUCUUCCUCCGCCGCCGCCACCACCUCCACCACCACCACUGCCCCCACCAAAACUGCCUCCAGCACCUCUCCUCCUCAAACGGGGCAACGGUUCUAAAGCACUUUUGGCACCGCCGCUGAAGAAGGAUGGGCCGAUGCAGAUCACUCUCAAAGAUCUCCUGAACGUUAAAUUGAAGAAGACAGACAGCAACCUGAGAACGGACAAGGCAGAGUCACCAGCAAAGACACGCAGGGCAUUAAUUACAGUCUCGGAUUUACAGAGUGUUAUUCUGAGGCCUAAAUCCAAACCAUCAGUUUACGCUACAAACUCCUUAAUUACCCCUCCUAAAAAUCAGUUAGAUCUUCGAAAACAUCUGAAGAAAGUCAACAUACAAAGAAGCCCUGGUGGCACUCCACUAAAUAGUAAAGAAAACAUGGAAUGUGGGACUGGGUUGACACCAAUAAUGACACAGGCACUACGGCGCAAAUUUCAGAUGGCUCACCCGAAGAGCCCCUCGCCAGCCCGGUUGAGCGCUGCAAACAGCUUUGAUGAACAAAAGCAUAUGUAUUUGUAAGCAUAUCUAGUGCAUGCGAAAACGGGGCAUUAUGGAAACCCCCUUUGGAAUUCUGCUUUUUAAAGGCAACGUCUUUUUAAUGGCUCUGGUUGAAACUUCUCUGUUAAUGGAAGAAAAUCAAUGCAAUUUCCUGAAUCUGCUGCUCUGUGGCUGCUGCUGAGACGGGGACUGUGUGUCCCACCACCGGUGCUCCCUGUAAUAUAAAUAUCUAUUUGCUCAAAGUC